AUGUCAUGUCCCAGCAGUAAUGCCCUGAGUGGACAGCAGGAGAGGAGGAGAGGAGAGGAGGAGAGGAGAGGGGGGAGAGUCCAGGCCCAAAUAGAGUCAUGGGGGCCGGGUCCUCGAUGGUAUAAGGGAGUCGCCUCUGCAUCCUCUUCCUCCUGGUCUUCAUCCCUUUUCUGGAGCUCCAUCAUGCCUCGUGUGGAUGCGGAUCUCAAGCUGGACUUCAAAGAUGUUCUGUUCAGACCCAAGAGGAGCAGCUUGAAGAGUCGCUCAGAGGUGGAUCUGACAAGGACCUUCACAUUCCGAAACUCCAAGCAGACGUACACUGGGAUCCCCAUCAUCGCUGCCAACAUGGACACGACCGGGACAUUUGAGAUGGCUCAGGUUCUCAGCAAACACACACUCUUCACCGCUAUUCACAAACAUUACUCUGUUGAAGACUGGAAAAACUUCGCCGAUACACACCCAGAAUGCAUUGAGCAUGUAGCAGCCAGCUCUGGGAGUGGCAAGGCCGAUCUGGAAAAGCUUUGUGCCAUCCUCGAAGCCGUUCCCUCCAUCAAGUACAUCUGUCUGGACGUGGCAAACGGCUACUCCGAGUACUUUGUGGAGUUUGUGAGAACCGUCAGAGACAAGUUUCCUAAACACACCAUUAUGGCUGGGAACGUGGUGACUGGAGAAAUGGUGGAGGAGCUGAUUCUGACUGGGGCCGAUAUCAUCAAAGUCGGGAUUGGUCCAGGUUCUGUGUGCACAACAAGGAUAAAGACUGGAGUAGGUUAUCCUCAACUCAGCGCGGUGAUCGAGUGUGCAGACUCAGCUCAUGGUCUCAAAGGACACAUCAUUUCUGAUGGAGGCUGCAGUUGUCCUGGAGAUGUAGCUAAAGCAUUUGGGGCCGGGGCAGACUUUGUGAUGAUGGGGGGAAUGCUGGCAGGACAUGACCAGUGCACUGGAGAGGUCAUCGAAAAAGAUGGAAAGAAAUUCAAAAUGUUUUAUGGCAUGAGCUCCGACACAGCCAUGAAGAAAUAUGUGGGAGGGGUCGCUGAAUACAGGGCGUCAGAAGGCAGGACGGUGCAGGUUCCGUACAGAGGCGACGUGGAGAACACCAUCCGUGACGUGAUGGGAGGUCUGCGCUCCACCUGCACGUACGUGGGAGCCGCUAAACUCAAGGAACUGAGCCGGAGGACCACUUUCAUCCGCGUCACACAGCAGUCCAGCCAAAUGUUCACCUAG